GCAGACUGUAGUAGCAAGUCAAUCAGUCGGUGCCAAUUCCUUUAUUUUACAAUGGGGCUCAGACUGAUUUUGCAGCUAUCGUUGUGCAUGCUGAGUGUUGCACGAUCACAGCAAGCCGUCUGCACCACUUGGGGAGGGGGAUUCUUCAAGACGUUUGAUGAAGCAUUUUUUAAAUUCAGCUCCAACUGUAGCUACAUGUUCUUUCAGGACUGCAGAAGUUCAUACGAAGAGUUCAACAUCAAGAUAAGCCAUGGGGCAAACGAACAGUUCUCCGAAAUUUUAUUCAAAAUUGACACUGAUGUUGCACAAUUUGCCAAUGGGAAGGUCUCGUUUAAUAAUCGCAUAUUGACGCUACCCUUCAGCAACAACAAGAUUCUCAUCCAAACCCAUGGCAGUGGUGUGAAACUGGCUUUCAGGCAACUCGAGAUAUCCGCUUACUUGAAUGAUGACGCCUUCACGGUGGUGGCUGGGGACGAAUUCCGCCAACAGCUGUGUGGCUUGUGUGGCAACUUCGAUGGCUCUUCGACUGUGACAACUUCAUAUACACUCCCAGCCAUCCAGCAAUAUUUAAUCCAGCCCAAGAGUUCUGGGAAAUGCACUGCAGUGGUUACAUCGUCCUGCAAGGAUGAGAAAAUCCAAACAUUUUGCAGGCGAACUCUGAAUGGGAUAGGCUCGUGUGGCCUGAACCAGGAGGGCUAUGCUGCCAUGUGUGCCAUCGAGAAAUGCCAGUGUGGUAGUGCCACCACUUGCGGAUGCGCUGCCUUGUCAGCUUACUCCAGGGAGUGCAGCCUUCAGUACAAGCCACUGCCGAAUUGGCGCUCAAGCCAGAUGUGCCCACCCCAAGAUUGCCCAGGUAAUCUCGAGUAUCAGGAGUGUGGCUCCACCUGCCCUCCAACUUGUGCCAACAUGGACCCAUCCAAGUGUCAGGAACCGUGUGUUGCCGGCUGUGUCUGCCCGUCAGGAACUGUGCUUUCCGCUAUCAACGAAGAAACGUGUAUCGCACCAGAAGAAUGUAGAUGCAACUACAAUGGGAUUACAUACGAUGCGUCGGAUAAGAUCACCAUAGACUGCAAUUCCUGCACGUGCGAGGCAGGGUCAUGGACCUGCACCACACGCCUCUGCCCGAAGGCCUGCUCCCUGGAGAGUGGCGCCCACUUCAACACGUUCGACUCCAGGUCUUACACUUUCCACGGAGUCUGCAGCUACUACCUGGCGGUGGGGGAUGAUUGGUCCGUGGAGGUUCUACUUACAUCAUGCCCAACUGGACUGGUUGAUCGGACUUGCUUGGAUAGUAUCUAUUUGAAAACACCAAUGAGAUCUCUUGAAUUCAAAAGCAACGGAAAAAUUAUUUCGUCACAAAUGAGUGUUUCUCUGCCGUACAUAUCAGAUUCGGUCAAGAUAUUUCGGAAAUCCUCAAUGUUCAUUCAGGUUGAUACGUCAUACGGGAUGAUGAUGCUGGUACAGAAUUCCCCGACCAUGCAGGUCUACAUUGGGCUCAUUGACAGCGUGAUGUUCAGGGAAACAGGGCUAUGUGGAAAUUUCAAUGGCAUCGCUUCGGAUGACUUCAUGUCCAGCCAAGGGCUUGUGGAAGGCACUGCCGCUGCAUUUGCAAACUCAUGGAAAGUGAACCCAGACUGUGAGGAUGUUGGCACCGUGAUCAGAGACCCAUGCCAGCUGAACACGGCAGUUGCAAAACAGGCUGAAUUGAGAUGCGCCAUUCUGCGAAAUUCCACGGCAUUCUUCAAGGACUGCCAUUACCUGGUCGACCCUUACAGCUACUACUCGAGGUGCAAGCAAGACGCAUGCAGCUGUCCUUCAGGACAGGACUGCAUCACAGAAACCUUCCUCUCCUAUGCUCUCGCCUGUGCAUCCAAAGGCCUCGUUUUUGAAAACUGGAGGAAGGCCACCGACUCUCAGCUGGUGGAGUGUCCAAAUGCCGAAGUGUACAGCUACAACGCCAACGCAUGCAACCAGACGUGCCGCUCGUUGAGCAGCGUGGACCUGGCGUGCCAGGAGAGCGGCUUGGUGGCCGAGGGCUGUCAGUGCGCUGAAGGCCUGUUUGCUAACGACGAGGGGAUGUGCGUCCCUGCCGUGAGCUGCCCCUGCUACGUAAAUGGCGAUAUCCUCAAGCCUGGCGAGAAAGUGACCAUCGCAGACAUCCCAUGCUACUGCCGUGAAGGACAACUCCUCUGCUCCGAGAGCAAAAAAGAAGAAUGCACUUCUCCAAUGGUGUACGUCGAUUGCAUCACCAGCACGUACGGAAAGGCCUGCGAGAGCAGCUGCGCAAUACAGACACCGCUGUGUCUGGGCAGGCAGUGCCAACCUGGUUGCAUUUGCCCAGAGGGCCUGAUCAACAAUGGUAAUGGAGACUGCGUCAACAAAGAGGAAUGCCCUUGCCAGCACAACGGACUGAGCUACACUCCAGGAGACACCAUCAAAGUGGACUGCAACAAAUGCAAGUGUUAUAGUGGCUCAUGGAACUGCACAGAACUUCAGUGUGAUUCUACCUGCAAGAUGUACGGAGAUGGCCACUACACAACCUUUGAUGGGCAGCGCUUCCAGUUUGACGGCAACUGUGAAUACGUUGUGGCACAGGACUUCUGUGUCUCUGAUCCAAAAGUCGGCACUUUCCAGAUCAUCACAGAGAAUAUACCAUGUGGCUCUAUGUCCACGUGCUCCAAAUCCAUUAGAUUCUUCCUGCAGAACAAGGAGAUAAAGCUGGCAGAUGGUAAAUAUGAAAUCCAUGACGUGUCCGGCUCUGCAAGCAAAGGGAGCGAAGAAGUGUUCACAGUUCACACGGUGGGACUCUAUCUGAUUGUCAAAGCAUCGAAUGGAAUCAAGCUCAUUUGGGACAGAUGGACGAGUCUGUUCAUCAUUGCACCUCCAGACAAACAGAACCAGCUGUGUGGCCUGUGUGGCAAGUACAACUUCGACAUGUCAGAUGACUUCACCAUGCGCGACCACUCAUUGUCGGCCAGUCCUCUGCACUUUGGGAACAGUUGGAAGGCGAGCGACGCAUGCUCAGAUGUGACCGAUGAAGCAUCACCCUGCGAGAUGAACCCUUACCGUAAAGCGUGGUCGGAGCGCAAGUGCAGCAUCCUCAAAACCGACGUCUUUGACGCCUGCCACAGCCAGGUGGACCACAUCCCAUUCUACGAGGCGUGCGUGCGCGACUCUUGCGCGUGCAACAUUGGCGGUGACUGCGAGUGCUUCUGCACGUCAGUGGCCGCCUAUGCAGAGGCGUGCACCUCGGCUGGCCAGUGCGUGGCGUGGAGGACCCCGGAUCUUUGCCCUGUCUUUUGCGACUACUACAACAGCCCCGACUCAUGCACCUGGCACUACAGACCAUGUGGCAUCGUAAACACAAAAACCUGUGGCAACCCAGCGGGCAUCGACUUGGGCAAUUUCCCACAACUUGAAGGUUGCUAUCCCAAAUGCCCAGCAAAGACUCCUUAUCUGGAUGAGCACAUGAUGACGUGCGUUUCCAUGGACAAAUGCAGCUGCGAGAUGGGCAGCCAGAUUGUCCCUGCGAAUGGCACCGUGGUUAACAGGGACACUUGCGAGACCUGCACCUGCGUGAUGGGAAAUAUGGAAUGUGUACCAUAUGACUGCUGCCGGUUCAAUGGGGGAAACUACCUCCCAGGAGAAACAAUCUUCACGAGUGAUGGCCUUGAUGGCCUCUGCCAUUUCACUGCGGCGUGUGAGCUUGGUGGACACAUCCACAGGGAGAGCAGCUGCCAACCCACCACACCCAUCAUCACCGGGCACUCAACAACAGCAUCGGCUGUCACAACCGUGACGUUCACAACGAAGAAAAUGACAACAGCAUUUAGUUCUUCAUCUCAAUCCCCAGCACCCACAACGACGCUCAGUCCUGUAGUGCCCACAACGACAUUGGUAACAUUACCAAAAAUAACAACAAUAUCAACAAUUGAAGAGUGUUACUCCAUGAAACCACCACGUCAGUUCAUGGAAUCGUGGAAGGUUGACAACUGCACGAUCGCCACCUGCAAUGGAGGGGACAACAUCUCCUACUCCACCAAAAAGUGCAGCGUCUCCACGAAACCCAAGUGCCGCAACGCAGUGAUGGUGUACGAUGCUGAUGGCUGUUGCUACACCUGGAAGUGCUUCUGCAACUGCAAGGGAUGGGGAGAUCCCCACAUCCGCACCUUCGACCAAGUUCUGUACGCAUUCCUGGAAGACUGCACAUACACCCUGGUGGAGGAGAAGGUUAACCGCCACCAUCUCUCAAUCAUCACCGACAAUUUCCAAUUCUUCCCUGGAAACCCAGCCUCGUUCCCCAGGGGCAUCACCGUCAACUACAACGGCAACUCCGUCAACAUGAGCAUCCCAGCCAUUGUCAGGAAAAGGCAAAGCAUCAUCACGGUUCUCUACAACAAUGAGCUGGUAAAACUACCAUUUUCAUCAGACGGGAUUGAGAUUACAUCCACGGAUGUUAUUGUGACGGUGCACAUCCCUGCAAUCUACUCAACGAUCGUCUUCACUGGCCAGAUGUAUUCGAUCGAUCUUCCAUAUGAGCUCUUUGGUGACAACACCCAGGGACAGUGUGGAACGUGCAACAACCAGGGCAGUGAUGACUGCGUGCGCAAGAGUGGGAAGUCAGAAGCAUCUGAUUGCUGCCACGUCACUGCCAAGGAGUGGAUGGUGGCCGAUCCCAGCAAGCCACACUGCAAAUCACCAGGGCCAUCGGGCAGCGUGCCUUGCCAGGCUCCCACUCCAACCCCUACAGUCCCUUGUGUAUUCGACCACGAAUUGUGCAAGGCCAUCGAUAAGACGGAGUUCUCUGCUUGCUUAGAAGUGACCAGUCUAUUGAGCUACAUAGAGACGUGCAAGUUCGACCAGUGCAGAGUGAACUCCACUCCAGCUGGGUGCCCCAGCAUACAAUCAGCAGCAGAUGACUGUGCCAUGCUGGGCUAUUACGUGGACUGGAGGAAAGCCACCGAAGGAGGCUGUGACUUCGAGUGUCCUGUUGGAAUGGAGUACAAGCCUGCAGGACCCAAACUGGUGGCAUCCUGCAGUUCUGGUGGCAGUGUUGAAAUGAUCAGCGAACUCCGUGAAGGCUGCUUCUGUCCAGAAGGAACAAUGAUCUGUGACCAUGCUUGCGUCCCACUACCAACUUCAACAACACCUCCAUCGACUACGCAAGAAAGUACAACCUUUACCACGGGAAAACCAUCAACCACUGAAGUGACAACACCAGCUGUAACCAUAACCGUCCACGAACCAAUUACUACAGUUGUGCUAACUACCACAACUCUGUCUACUGCUGGAUCAACACCUGGCCAAUCAACUGCACCCCAGUCACAAACAACAACUCCUUAUGUUGAACAAACGACCACAACCCCGCAAAGUGGUGGGACACCAGUACAAACAACGAUUUCAGAGCCAGACCAAUCUACCUCAUCUGGUGAAACAUCAACGGCUCCUUUAUCCACCACAGCCUUCAUAUCCUCAGCCAUAUCUCUUGGGUCGUUGCCCACAACACCUGAAACAACUGCAGUGUCUACAACAGUCGACACAGCCUGUCGCUCUGUAAAUCCACCACGUCAAUUCAUGGAAUCGUGGAAGGUUGACAACUGCACGAUCGCCACCUGCAAUGGAGGGGACAACAUCUCCUACUCCACCAAAAAGUGCAGCGUCUCCACGAAACCCAAGUGCCGCAACGCAAUGAUGGUGUACGAUGCUGAUGGCUGUUGCUACACCUGGAAGUGCUUCUGCAACUGCAAGGGAUGGGGAGAUCCCCACAUCCGCACCUUCGACCAAGUGCUGUACGCAUUCCUGGAAGACUGCACAUACACCCUGGUGGAAGAGAAGGUUAACCGCCACCAUCUCUCAAUCAUCACCGACAAUUUCCAAUUCUUCCCUGGAAACCCAGCCUCCUUCCCCAGGGGCAUCACCGUCAACUAUAACGGCAACUCCGUCAACAUGAGCAUCCCAGCCAUUGUCAGGAAAAGGCAGAGCAUCAUCACGGUUCUCUACAACAAUGAGCUGGUAAAACUACCAUUUUCAUCAGACGGGAUUGAGAUUACAUCCACGGAUGUUAUUGUGACGGUGCACAUCCCUGCAAUCUACUCAACAAUCGUCUUCACUGGCCAGAUGUAUUCGAUCGAUCUUCCAUAUGAGCUCUUUGGUGACAACACCCAGGGACAGUGUGGAACGUGCAACAACCAGGGCAGUGAUGACUGCGUGCGCAAGAGUGGGAAGUCAGAAGCAUCUGAUUGCUGCCACGUCACUGCCAAGGAGUGGAUGGUAGCCGAUCCCAGCAAGCCACACUGCAAAUCACCAGGGCCAUCGGGCAGCGUGCCUUGCCAGACUCCCACUCCAACCCCUACAGCCCCUUGUGUAUUCGACCACGAACUGUGCAAGGCCAUCGAUAAGACGGAGUUCUCUGCUUGCUUAGAAGUGACCAGUCUAUUGAGCUACAUAGAGACGUGCAAGUUCGACCAGUGCAGAGUGAACUCCACUCCAGCUGGGUGCCCCAGCAUACAAUCAGCAGCAGAUGACUGUGCCAUGCUGGGCUAUUACGUGGACUGGAGGAAAGCCACCGAAGGAGGCUGUGACUUCGAGUGUCCUGUUGGAAUGGAGUACAAGCCUGCAGGACCCAAACCGGUGGCAUCCUGCAGUUCUGGUGGCAGCGUUGAAAUGACCAGCGAACUCCGUGAAGGCUGCUUCUGUCCAGAAGGAACAAUGAUCUGUGACCAUGCUUGCGUCCCACUACCAACUUCAACAACACCUCCAUCUACUACGCAAAAAAGUACAACCACUGUUACCUUUACCACGGGAAAACCAUCAACCACUGAAGUGACAACACCAGCUGUAACCACAACCGUCCACAAACCAAUUACUACAGUUGUGCUAACUACCACAACUCUGUCUUCUGGUGGAUCAACACCUGGCCAAUCAAAAUCCUCUGCUUCUGCAUUCACAUCCCCAACCAUAUCUCAUAGACCUGUGUCGACAACACCCCCUAAGAUAACCAAAGCAUCGACUACAAACGCGACUUCCACGGUUGCUCUGACUACUCGCUCACAUGUAGAACCAACAAUCAAACCUUUAACUCUUCAAACGGUUCAAGCAACCCGGCCCCUCUCCACAUCCACAUUCAACACAUCUUCCUCUGACGUACCUUGUGUAUGCAAGAUUAAAGGUUUUACAGCUAAACCAGAUGGAACCUUGCAUGUCAUAAAGGAUGAAGAUGGCUGGUGUUACUACAUGAGCUGCUCUUCAAACUGCUUUGCGAUCACCACCAGCCAUAGGCGGUGUGAUACUGCUUCCACCAAGACACAAAACGUAACCUCACAGCCAACAACACGUCCUCCGUCGACGAGCGUGGCUCACUCCAGCUCACAGCCAUCCGGAUGCUUCUACAAAGACCACCACUAUAAGGUUGGUGAAAAAUGGCAAAUUGACAGCUGCACCACAGGAACCUGCCGUAGUGGGAACCAAGUCAUGACAGAACCGGUCGUCUGCCUUAACCCACCCAUGCCCAAGUGCAGGAACCCCACCACAAAGCCGGUGAAAGUGUACGAUAACAACGGCUGCUGCUACACCUGGAAAUGCAACUGUCAGUGCCAAGGAUGGGGAGACCCCCACUACCGUACCUUUGAUGGUCAGAAAUACACUUUCCUGGAGGACUGCACUUACACCUUGGUGGAGGAGAAGAUCAAUAAGUAUGCCUUUUCAGUGCUGGUCGACAAUUACUACUUCUACAAACAAACUCCAGCGUCCUUUGUAAGAGGCAUCACCGUCAACUACAAUGGGAAUUCUGCAAACAUAAGCCUCCCGGCUGCCAAGGGCAGGCAGACUGUUAUUAACAAGGUGAUCUUCAAUGGGCAGGCAGUUGCCUUUCCAUUUGUGGGAAAGGGUUUUGUCAUCACGAAUCACGAGACACAAAUAUUGGUGGAGAUCCCUGCCAUCGGUGCCUCGGUCUCCUUCACGGGCAUGAUGUUCACAGUGGAUCUACCCUACAGCCUCUUUGGCAACAACACCCAAGGACAGUGUGGCACCUGCAACAAUGCCCGCGGGGACGACUGCAUGCGUCAGAGCGGCGUGGUUGAGGACGCGUCGUGCUGCGCCGUCACGGCUGCCGACUGGAUGGUGCCCGACGCCAGCAAGCCGCACUGCAGAGCCAAGGCACCCACCGGCCAGAAGCCCUGCCCGUCCACCACGCCCACCACGCGUCCGUACUGCACCGCUGACACCGCCACCAUCUGUGACAUCAUCACCAGCAACAGGGCGUUUGCCGGGUGCGCCGAAGCGACGGACUUGAGCGAGUUCUUCGACUCGUGCGUCUACGACACGUGCGCCGUGCCAACGGCCCUCGAGGUCGGUUGUGCCAGCCUGCAGGUGGCCGCGGAGCAGUGCGCGGCCCUCGGCUUCUACGUCGACUGGAGAAGCCUCACGCGUGGAAUGUGCCAAUACAACUGCUCAUCUGGAUUUGAGUACCAACCCAUAGGGCCUAAAGAACAGCUCAGCUGUGAUUACAGUGGCGCGACAAUCCAGACUUCCAUUUUAGAAGAGGGCUGCUUCUGCCCCAAGGGAAUGAAAAUGUUCAACUCACAAGCACAAACCUGCGUGGUGGAGUGUGGUUGCAUGGGGCCACAAGGAAAACCUGUGAUGUUCGGAAACAGCUGGCAGAGUGACUGCAAGGAGUGCGUCUGUGACAAGGCGAGCGCCAGCGUCCGGUGUGCACCUAACAAAUGCCCCGAAAAUCCCGAGCACAGCUGCAAGCCCUGGGAAAGGCAGGAGCUCGUGACGGUUGACACACAGCCCUCGUGCUGCCCCAUCUACGCGUGCGUGCCACGCAAAGACAUAUGCUUGUAUAAAGAGGAAAUGUAUCAGAUUGGACAAACGUGGAACAAACCAGGAAACAACUGCACGCAAUUUAUCUGUACCAGCAUCAAUGAGCUCGCAGUGGUGGAAGAAAAAACGAUUGUCUGCAAAGAGUUUGACAUCACCAAUUGCAUCAAGGACACAGUGACAACCGAUGAAUAUGGAUGCUGUAAGACCUGCUCUAUUCCAAAGUUAGCAUGCCGUAUCUUUGAGAUGGAUGCAACUGUGAGCCGUCCCAGGUGUGAGCCGAAGAAUAUCACCCUCUCCACCUGCGAGGGAACGUGCGCAUCACGGACAUACUUCGACACGAAAACCAUGAACAUGGCAUCCACGUGUGACUGCUGCAAGCCCCAAGCGACGGAGGAACGCACGGCUGUGCUGGAUUGCAAAGGCGUUAAAACACCCAUUCAGUACACGUACAUUAAAUCGUGUGAGUGCAAGCUCUGCAAAUAGCCAUGCAGGAAAGAACAUGACAAUGAAGACCGUACUCUAUUCAUGAAAUAUGAAUACGUGUUAUCCAAUGUAGUAUCUUUACUAUGCAUAAUACUUCAAUAAGCAGUUCUAUAUUCAUUCACUAUAUAUUCAUUAGCUCUAUAUUGUAUGUCAACACACAAGCCUAUCUGAUUAUAUUUUAUAUAUGUAAUCUUAAUCCCAAUGAUGUUGAUCAAAUAUGAAACGUGCCUUUCUAAUUACGGUUUAUGAUACAAUACUGUACAAUUUCAAUACUACAAUUAGAAUUUAUAUUGUGUCUAAAUACAACUACAUCACAAGAUGUUGUGAUGUUU